GUAUUGAUGCGAAGACCGAGGCAGACCUUCAUCAGGAUGUUCGCUUCGACAAUGAGAAGAGGAGUGACUUUGAGGGCUCCUUACAGUACGCUCUUCUAAGCUGUCUUUGAAGAAGCUAGCCAUCAUGUUCGGGAAGUCAUGGGACAAUCUGGAUGACUUCAAACGAUGCUUCUGGAAACUCAGGAGCCCCAUAUCUGAGUACUGUAUGGAGCACUGGAAGGAAGACUCAUUCUUCGGAUACCAGUGUCUGAACGGUUCAAACCCCAGAAUGAUCCAGUGCUGCAAGAAGCUUCCGGGAAACUUCCCCGUCUCUGGAGACAUGGUGCAGGGGUCGCUGGCCCCAAGAACCACCCUAGAGAAGGAACUCAAGGCGGGUAACAUCUACUUGGUAGACUAUGCCAUCAUGGAUGGUGUUCCUACCAACGUAAUCAGAGGGAAACCACAGUACAUCGCUGCUCCUCUCUGUCUGCUUGUAUGAACACCCAGACCAGGCCCCCUUCUUCCCCAGCUAGGGCAGACUCCUGUUGGACCGCCCAUCUUCCUGCCUAAAAACCGCCCCUCCUGGCUAUUGGCCAAGAUCUGGGUCCGUCACUCCGAGUUCCAGGUGUUCCAGCUCCUGUCCCACCUAUUGAAGACUCACCUGGUGGUGGAGGUGUUCUGUGUGUCAACACUACGACAGCUCCCUGCUGUCCAUCCAGUAUAUAAGCUCCUGGCUCCUCACCUGCGCUAUACUCUGGAGAUUAACUGCAGGGGGCGCACUCAGCUCCUCUCAGCCGACGGCAUCUUCAAAAGGGUGGUGUCUACAGGAGGGGAGGGGCUUCUGAUCCUAGCCCAGAAUGAGUACAAAGUCCUGACCUACCGCUCUCUGCAGCCCUACCAGGACUUCCAGCAGCGCGGAGCCUCCAAGCUCAGAAACUACUUCUACAGGGAAUACAGCCUGAUGCUGUGGGACGCCAUACACAGUUUUGUCUCAGGGAUGGUGUCACUGUACUACCAUUAUGACAGUGAUGUAGUGGAGGACACUGAGCUGCAGGCCUGGAUAAAGGACAUCGCUGAGGAGGGCUUCGUUGAUGUGCCCAGAUUUGGUCUGGCCAGGGAACUACACAACAAGACAGAACUGAUCACACUGCUGAGUGUAGCUAUCUUCACAAGCUCAGUACAGCAUGCAGCCACCAACAAUGGACAGUUUGACUGGUGUGCGUGGGUACCCAACACCCCGUGCACAAUGCGCCACCCUCCCCCGACGGACAAGGACGCUGUUACCAUGGAGAUGAUCAUGGACACCCUCCCAGACGUCAGCCAAACAUGUUUGGAGAUGGCGAUCACAUGGCACUUGGGUCGGCCACAACCGGACGCAAUCCCAUUGGGUCAGUACCGGGAGCAGUACUUCACAGAGUCCCAGGCCCAGGAGGUGAUUGACAAGUUCAGACAGGAACUGAAGGAGAUAGAGGAACACAUCCUGACCCAGAACGAGGGACUAGAGCUGCCCUAUCUUUUCCUCCUGCCCAGCCGCAUCGAGAACAGCAUCACUAUAUAAUAUACUGAACAAAAAUAUAAACGCAACAUGCAACAA